UUUUCCAUUUCAUGAUCUUUUUCUAUCUUACCUUUGACACUACUUAUUUAUCUCUCUUGCACCUAUUUCCUUUAUGUCCUCUCUUUCUGUUUCACGACGUUUCCACUCCUUGUCCAUCUCUCUUGAUCUUUCCUGUUCUGUCGAAUCGAACUAGCCUCCCUUCCUGCGAAUUUACGUAGAUAUUUCUAUUUGUGAACGGUUCCAACCUUCAGGAUGCAAGCUAUUAAAUGUGUCGUCGUAGGAGACGGAGCAGUAGGUAAAACAUGUCUCCUCAUAAGCUACACUACCAACGCCUUUCCUGGGGAGUAUAUUCCGACUGUGUUUGAUAAUUAUUCUGCAAAUGUCAUGGUGGAUGGUAAACCGAUAAAUCUUGGUUUAUGGGAUACAGCAGGUCAAGAAGAUUAUGACAGAUUAAGACCAUUGUCUUACCCACAGACAGAUGUUUUUCUGAUCUGCUUUUCUCUUGUUAACCCAGCCAGUUUUGAAAAUGUUCGUGCUAAAUGGUAUCCAGAAGUACGUCAUCAUUGUCCAGCUACUCCAAUUAUUUUAGUAGGGACUAAAUUAGAUUUACGUGAGGACAAAGAGACGAUUGAACGAUUAAAAGAUAAAAAACUAGCACCUAUUACAUAUCCUCAGGGUUUGUCCAUGGCAAAAGAAAUUGGUGCUGUAAAGUAUUUAGAAUGUUCAGCUCUUACUCAAAAGGGAUUGAAAACAGUAUUUGAUGAAGCAAUUCGUGCAGUAUUGUGUCCUGUUCUUCAAGUGAAACCAAAACGUAGAUGUUUCCUUCUAUAAUAUUAAAUGUUCAACGACGGUGGAGCAUGUGCAAAUGUACUAUCCCUCCUCCGGUCGGACUUGAUUGCAGCAGGACAUCUAACUUCUAUUGAAAAAAACCCCGUUGUACGGUCCAUCUCUUUACAAGCAUCUGCCAUGAAAGCGCACAAAUCAAUUUAUAUAAUGCGUAUAAAAAAAAGAUAAAGGAGAAAAUAUAUGCAAUUUAAGUGUUCACAUUAAGUGUACACAUUAGCUAAAUGUUCUGAUGAGAGAAAGGAAGCCAAAUGAAAACUGAACUGAUAAUGUACAGUAUAUUAGAGUGUGUUAUUAAUAUUAGUUAUUACAUACGAAUUAUAAGAAAUUAAACAUUAUUAUGUAUAUGCGUUUGUGAGCGCACUAGAUACUAAUCAAUUUAACAUAAGAGGUAAAUCAUUUUAUGUAAAUUGUAUUGUAUAUUUUAGAUUUAGAAUCACAUUCUAAAAUUUUUGGUAUACAAAGAGAUUGAUGUUAUAAUAUUACGAUAUGAUAUGACACGAUUGAUAUGACGAUAUUAAAGUAAAAAAUAUUUGAAUAUUAAUAUUAUGCACUAAGAAGUUGUUUCUACUUUUGAGAUAAGUUAAUUUUUUCAGCUGAUAAUUUCGAAUGAAACUGAUUAAUUGUAAAUCAAUUUCAAAUUAUACUUUUUAUUGUAAAUAUACAGUUGCAAGGAACAUGAAAUGAUUUUUGCCUUCAACUAAAUUGGUUGAUAUUACUAUAUACAUACCAUGGAAUAAGAUAAUCAUGUAAGUUUUAGAAAUGAGCGAUACAAGUGUGAUUUCAAUUCUCUAUCUCUAUUGUAUUUUCAUGUUGUUGCAAUUUUACUGUAAUUGAUACGCACAACAUGGUUAAAGAAAAAAAAAUAAAUAAAAAAAUAAAAUAUCAGAGGUAGAGAAAAAUAGUACGUAUGAAUGAAUGUUUAAUAGUGCAUACAAAAGCCAAGAGAGAAAGACAUAAGAAGGAAUUAUUCUAUAACAAAUAAUUGUACAUAAGUGGUAAAAGUCCAAACUGUAUUCCUAUCAUUAUCAUUUUACAUGUAUAAGCUGCUAAAUCUAAAUCGGACGUUACUUGUUUUUUAUAUAUAUAUUAUAAAUAUAUAUAAAGUGGGGCUGGACCGAGAUCUAUUUCAAUCGUCGCAGAUCCACUGACCUGUGCAAUCUAUCCGGGGAAUGGGGAUUCAGUCCAUAAAAAUAUCAUAGAUACUGUAACUAAAUAAGCUUUAUUAAAUGGGUGUUUAUUAAA